AUGGACGCAAAGGUCUCAGGUAUCAUCGUCCACCAUAAAAAGCUGCCCUCAAGCCAUGUGGCCUUUUGGGUUCUGAGGAGAACACACAAUGCCUGGCUCAAGUUUGCACAGCUGCCAAGACAGCCCGCCACCGAGACUGAAAAAGAUCGACAACAGCUACUCUUGACCAUUUUCGAAGAGUACGCCGCCCUCAUCUUCCGGACACUGCCGCCGAGCGAGCAAGCUUUGAGGCUGCCUCCAGAUUGUGAAGUCCAGCCUCAUUCGUGGGCCGGGCUCAACAUCUGUGACCCCCUGAACCAGCUGAUAAACGGUCCGAGGUCGUACGCGAAGAGCUCCAAAAAUAGCAAAAUGGGGAGACUUGGACUCCAACUCUAUGAAGAGUUCUGGAGGCAUGUGGACAUCUCGAAAGGCGAUUUAGAGACUAUUCCCAUCGUCUGCGGGGAGUGCAGGAAUGCAUCGACUGGUCUGCUAGACGAGGAGCCCCUGUUUGAAGUGCCAUCAGGCGCUUACCUAGCCAUGUCGAAGCACUGCAGCAAAUGCAGCCGAAGGCACAUUCAUGUGCCAAGGGAUCAGUCCCGCCCCUGA